AUGACCUCGUAUUGCCCGAGUUGUUAUAAACCAAAAUGUCAAUCUUACUGGCAGAAAACAGUCUUUAUUUGUGUCGCAACGAGACACCAUUGGCACCAAAUACCGCCCAAUGCGGCUUCAACCGCGAUAGAGGGCUACGGGUCCCAGAUUGUCCAGCCAAAGUCGCUGACAGGACACGUAGUGUUGGGCUAUUAUAAAAUUUCCGACUUUUCCCCCCCAGCUCCCAACAUCUUCCAAGAAAUCUGUGCAGCGACUUUUAUAACGAGCUAUACGACCGUCUGCGAGAAUAGACGGCGCGGCAUUACCUGCCGUACCUUCGUCCUCAGCGUCUUGUCUGAGCUGUGUGCCCGUGGUCACAUUGCGUGGCAGAAAGCGUCGAGCAUAUCCAGCUUUGUGGAAAGCUUGGAAAGGGUCAUUCGAGAUCACAGCAUCCGCGCUGACUGCUCUAAUGGUGGUAUGACGAUAACUGAUUGUGGCUCAACUCUGUCCUGA